UGAGCGUGAGGGCGGCCAGAUAUGGCAGAAGCGGGAAAGGGAGCUACGAGCCUCGGAGUUCCAGGAGGUGACGCCGUUCAGUGGCCUUUGCAACGCUAUGGCCGUUUCAUGCUCUCGGAAGUCGGAGAGCUGUCUGGGUCUGGCUCUAAACCUGGGGCAGCGCCCUCCCCUACGUGGAAGGUUUUUGAUUCCAAUGAAGAAUCUGGGUAUCUUGUUCUCACCAUAGUUAUAUCAGGCCACUUCUUCAUUUCCCAAGGACAGACACUACUGGAAGGGUUUUCACUCAUUGGUAGCAAGAACUGGUUGAAGAUUGUAAGACGAGUGGACUGCCUGUUGUUUGGAACAACGAUAAAGAACAAGAGCCGCAUGUUCCGCAUACAGUUUGGUGGAGAGUCAAAGGAGCAGGCCCUGGAGCACUGCUGCAGCUGUGUGCAGAGUCUGGCCCGCUACACAACUGUUGAGGUGCCGGACAGUGUUACCCAGCCGAGUCCUGGCCUGCUGCGGGCAGGUGACCACCAAGGGAGGGACUGUGUGAAGAGCAUCCCACCGCUGCAGCCUGGGCCCUACCAGGACCUGGAACAGGGAAAACAUGUGGCUGCUGGUAUUGAUGCUCCAGAAGGAAAGACCUCUGUAGCACAGUUAGCACAGUCUGUCCUGGCAUCCAAGGAGCUGCCCCUUGCCUAUCAACAAUCUGCAUGGAGUGUGGAAGAGUUAGGCCCUUUCCUACGCCUGUGCCUCAUGGACCAAAACUUUCCAGCAUUUGUGGAAAAGGUAGAAAACGAACUUAAAAAGCUGACAGGGAUGAGAAAUUAAGACUUGAUGAAUCUAUAAAAACUAAGCAACUUUCAAGUGUUGAAAAAGUAUUAUUCCAAACACCUUUUAUCAAUAUUUUAUUGUUAAAAACAGGUGAAUCCACUUUUUAUACACCAUUGCACUUCAACAAUUACACAAAACACAAGGACAUGCAUCUACAGUUACGUACUGCAUGAGAACCCGGUCAGGUUAUAAAAUCUACCAUCAACCAUUAAAUCAAUAUGAAAAAGUACAGUGUCAAACCGAAAGUAUAACUACUUGCAUAGAAUCUCAUCAUGCUAUAACAUGUCAAGGUCAAUGAAAACAAAAGGUAAAUUAUAAAAGUCUGCCUUGACUGAAUGUACAAGAGUAAGGGUCAACAUAUCAGUGCAAAAGGAUUUAAGAAUUUACAGAUUUAAA